UCGAGGGAGCCCUCGCCAGCCCUUCUCUCCGAAUCCGGAACACACGCCGUAAUCUCGGCUGAAAAAUUAUCGCCUUCUCUUUCCCCCUCCCACCUCCGAUUUUUGAAACCCUAAACCUAAUUAACCCUCCCCCGAUCCAUCCAUUAAUGGGAGCCUAGAAUUCGAAUUCCCCCUCUUCGAUCAGGCCGUUCUAUCGAGAUUUCCGAAGUUGAGCUCUGAAACCCUAGGCCGAGGAGGACGCCAUGAAGGCCUUCAUCAAGUUCCGGGAGGACCAGAAGCCCCUCGUGAGGGCCAAGAUUCCCAUAAGUAUCCUCGGCCUUCCCUUCCUCUCCGGCGUCUCCGCCGGCGAGUCCCGGGAGCUCCGCCUCGACCUCGCCACCGCCUUCGACUCCGGUCCCUGCUUCCGCGUCUCCUACCGCCCCAAUGACUCCUGGAACCCCUUCAGCCUCGUCGUCAAGACCGGGAACGGGGCCUUCGGCUCCCCCUUCGGCGCCCCCAUGGCGAUGGCAGCCGAGUUCAGCCUCCUCGGCCGCGGCACUGGCCCCAGCUUCUCCAUCCUUUUUAAGCCCCGCCUCGGCGACUUCAGCAUCAAGAAGGCCACCGGAUCCGUGCCGGCGCCGGCCGUCGGGAAGAGGAUUGCCGCUGAUGCUGAGUCGGACGGGGAGGCAUCGGUCAAGGGGGUCGAGACGCCCGUCAACGAGUUCCGGCCGGAGAACAGGAUCCACAUCGGUAAGAACGUGAACGGAUUCCCGACGGAUUUUACAGCCGGCGGCGGCGGUAUUCAAGGCCUCCUCUCCGGCGUGGAGGUCACUGCAAGAAGCGUCCUCCCCCUCCGGACCCGCACCGCGGUGAGGUUCCGGUGGGGGCUGAGGGUGCCGCCGGAGCUCCGUACCGCGUUCGUGGAGGACGCCGGCGGGAGGGUGCCGGCGGCCGGGAUCUCGCUGAGCAAGUUCCCGCUGCUCGUGAUGAGCAAGAUCUCGAUCGAACACGUGGCGACGGACGAGGGGAAGGCGAAGGAGAAGAAGGCUGUCGUGGCCACCGGCGGCGGCGCUGUCGCGGACGUGGCGGAGACAUGCUUGUUAAUAAAGCGGCAGCUGGAGGCGUUGCAGGCCGAGAAUGGGCUGCUGAGGAAGGCCGUGGAGGAGCUCCGGGCAGAUGUCAGCGGCUGGAAUGUGGCGCCGGUGGCCAGAGGUCAGGUCUCCAGCGGGGCUGGCGUUGGCAAGGGUGGGAAUAAGGCGGCGAUAGGGAAUAGGGACCGCCGGAGCGACGGGAAGUUGCCGGACAACUCCGGGAAAACAGCGGCGGAGGAGGUGAACGAGGAGCUGAAGAAGGCUUUGAUGGGCGCCGGAAAAAUCUGAAAGCAGUAGGAAGUUUGGACUAAGAUGGGUGCUUGCAUUGUCAUAGUUUGUUUCAUGCCAUGUGUGACUUAUAUAAUUUUGGUGUUUUUAUGAGUCAUAAUAUUAUGCCCUAGAAUCUUUUGCCAGUAACUUUCUUCUGUAUAAAAUUUAUGUUUUUGUAAUGGUAGUUGUUGCUGUUA